CGGGCCACUCGUCGUCUAGUUUAUUUGUCAAUCCCAUGGGAACUUCAUUUGUUUGCCAGAUCUUUGCAGCACGGUUGGGGAGUGAACAUUGGGUCCUAAACAACUAAUGUUUUUUGGGUGGUGUAGCAGUGUAGCACUAGACGUUGUUAGGUUGGGGCUUGCUUCUGAGGGCUUCAAAGAACACCCAACAAUCGAGAACGAAGAUUGCAUGUCUUCAAGGGGCAGUCUUCUACAAGACUCAUGGGAGCUCUUCCUUGUCUGAGCUUAUUAUCUUCAUUGCAAAUGUUCCUGUUCGAUAGAAGACGGUCCUUGGCCUUUAUGCAAAACACCUCCGUAGUUGCCAGAAGCCGGAACAUUGCUCAACCGUAUAGGUUAUUUAUAUGAAUCAAAGUCCUUAUCAAGGAACGAAUUUUAGAAUCUUAAGAAGUUAGUGUGUGCGUGCGGGGUUUGAGUGUGGAACGAGCAGACCUUUUGCUCUGGAGGUGUUUUCAAUCGUAGGAAGGAAUCAAAGCAUAUGCUGCUUUUGUAUUACAUCAGGUCAUGUUGUGGCAUUGAAGGCUGAUUGUUGCACAGUUGCUCUAUGUUGGUGCAGAUUCAUUCUCUAAUUGACCCCUUUGCAAUGACUUGGCAAUGACCCUGGAGCACUACGGCUACACUGGGGGCCAUGCCGAGCGUGGCAGGAAAGUACGUUCAAUUGCCAGAAGAUGCACAGGACUUGCUUCACUUCUUCCUCGAAGCCAAGCCUGACUGGAGCGCGGAUGAAAGACGGGCUGUCUUCACCAAACUGUCUGCGAUUCAGAUCCGAGAUGUGUCUGGGCUUCUUUGUUCACUCCGAACAGAAGAUCUCAAUGCUAAACUUCGGGCAGUGGGUCAAAAGCCUUUCCACCUGCGAACCAUUCAGGCCUUUCAGCAGCAGCUGCAACGGCGGUCAGAAGGAUCUUCAAGUAUGGUUUUUCAAAGCACAUCUGCCAAAUGCUUUGAAGCAACUGAAGCCCAGGUUCACCUGCCACCACCUGGCACAUCUGAUGCACCGAACUGGGAGGCCCCGGCCUCUGCUGGAUGGUGGCGUGUAGUGAGCAAGCCAAGUGUUUGGGCACAUUGUGCACCCGACACAGACUCUGCACACAUCAGUGUUCAUUGUUGUGGGAAGCUCUUGGCCAUGACUCAAACCCGAUACUGCGCCAAAUUCGAUGCACAUUGGCUGAAACUCCGAGACGAGCGCAGUUGCGAUGGACGUGGCCAGUGGAUUCUGUCCAAUGUUGGCAUGGCAUAUUUGCGGGAAUCUGCAGUGUCCUUUGGAGAUCUUCUCGAGAAAGUUUGUGAUGCUGGAUGCACACCUUCCAGAGAAGCUCAGGCAUCGCACUAUUUGUCAGUGAAGGCUUUUCAAGAUGCAAAGGAGGAGCAAGGGAGGAAGCGCCGGGAAAGGGACCAUCACCGCGAGGAAGGCGAGGAAGGUAACCUUUGGGGAGGUCUGCAUGUCACGCUGCUGGACUUUGUAAACGCAGCAUACCAAUCCACCCUGUCUGUUGGAUGCCACGCAUUUCCCUAUGCAAAUCCUGACAUACUUCCUGAUCCCUUCGGGAGAGGGCUGGCCGAAACUGUCCGAACACUUUGCUCGCAAAGCUAUGUCUUUGUGAGCAAAUUCCUCGAUUCCAACCAUGUAGCAGACUUUGUUGAUGAAGUCAGGAAGAUUCAUGAGGAUGGCAAGAUGGAACCAGCCGACCCUCAUCAAGCAACAUCUGGUCAGCGUGAUGACCAUAUUUGUUGGAUUGAUGAGACAAGAAAUGCCGCCACUCAGCCAGCUAUCCACAAGGCGAUAAAGAUGUUGAAGGCCGUUGCAUAUGCUUUGUCGCCUGGCCUCUCGCAGUUCCAUCGACAGCAGCGAGAGUCCGGCGAUCCCGCCCAUGCCUUCGAUCCUGCAGCACCAGCCUCUCCUGAUGCAGUACUGACGGUCCCUCCGAAGGCGAUGCUCUCGUGCUAUCCUGGAAACUCCUCUAUCGAACGUGGUGUGACUCCACGUGAACACUGAUUGCAAAGUCUCCAUGUGCUACCGAUCUUGGAUGAUUCGGAUUGCCCAGAACUUUGGAGCUUCUAUGUGCAAAAGGUCAUGAAUGUUUCCAACGAAAGAGUUUGUCGAUUUCGAGGCCAUUAUUUAUGCAAAUCCUCCAGACUGGAAGAGGGAAGAUGGUGGUGCCUUGAGGAUCUAUCCGCACUCUGCUGGUUUGGAGUCUUGCCCUGGCACUGUUCAGGAUGGAGCAAACAUGCCCAUGGUUGAGCCGGUAGUGAUUGAUCCGAUUGGUGGGAGCUUGGUGGUCUUUUUUUCUGACCUAUGGCAUGAAGUUCUUCCUGCUCACCGCCCGCGCAGAGCACUGACCUUGUGGAUCUUUCGCCCGGUGAAGCGUGGAGAGCAAAA